AUUUUUGAAGAUAAUAGCGAUAACAUAACUGCACAACAGUCAUGUACUGUAGGUGGUGCCAUGCAUGUGGACUGUUAUGCGCCAAAAAACUAAAGAAGAAGAAGAAAAAGGAGAGCCAAUCUUGACGUUACGGCCUGAAAUCCAGUGUCUCUUUUAGAAUGAAGAGAAGCAGAAAAACAGCCUGUGAAAUGAGUGCAUAUGAGGAGAGAGAGCAGGAGGCUCCUGUUGACACUCAGAGAGCAUCAUCUCCAGGAUUCAGCUGUGUUUCUAUGGAGAGUAACAACUUAAAGUUUGUGCCCUCUGAGCUCAGUGAUGGACCUGCUGUGACCUUUGACCCUGUCAGGAAGAGAAAGAGAGCAGCUUCUCCACUGCAACCCCCUGAUCUCAGUGAUGAAGCAGUGGCCUUUGAUACUGUAGGUGGGAGAGCUGACCAGAUCAGAUAUGUGUCCUGUCCAUCCAGCACAUCCUACUAUAGUCAGAACCACAUCAAUUAUCAUGACACAGAAACAGAUCUGCAAGUUGAUUCUCAUCAACUAGUGCAUGAUGAUCUGAAGAAAGUCAAAGACCAGCACAAAACCAGCAUGAAGAACAAGUAUGAGAGCUUAUUUGAGGGAGUCAAACUACAAGAGAAUCAAACCCUCCUGAACAGUAUUUACACACAGCUGUACAUCAUAGAGGGAGAGAGUGAAGGAGUGAAUGAAGAACAUGAAGUGCUACAGAUGGAGAAAAGUUACAGGACACUCCAAGACACUCCAAUCAACUGCAAUGACAUCUUUAAUCCUUUACCUGAACCAGGAUAUGAGGAGAAGAGAAGAGAGAAGAAAGACACAAUAAAGACUGUUCUUACUAAAGGCAUCGCUGGAAUUGGAAAAACCGUCUCUGUGCAGAAGUUCAUUCUGGACUGGGCCGAGGGAAAAGCCAAUCAGGAUGUAGAUUUCAUGUUUGUGCUUACAUUUAGAGAACUGAACUUGAUUAAAGAUCAUCAGUACAGUCUUCACAGACUUGUGCUUGACUUUCAUCCUGAACUUCAGUAUCUGGACUCAAAGAUUUAUGAUGAAUGUAAAGUUGUGUUCAUCUUUGAUGGUCUGGAUGAAAGCAGAAUUACACUGAUGUUUUCAGACGGUCAGAAAGUUUCUGAUGUGACUGAGAUUUCAUCAGUGGGUCUGUUAAUGUCAAACCUCCUGAGAGGAGAUCUGCUUCCCUCUGCUCUCAUCUGGAUCACCACCAGACCAGCAGCAGCCAAUCAGAUCCCCUCUAACUACAUCAACCGUGUGACAGAGAUUCAGGGAUUCAAUGACCCUCAGAAGGAGGAAUAUUUCAGGAAGAGAAUCAGUGACGAGCAUCAAGCCAGCAGAAUCAUCUCACACAUCAGAAGAGCAAGAAGCCUCCACAUCAUGUGUCACAUACCCAUUUUCUGCUGGAUCUCAUCUACUGUGCUUCAAAACAUCCUGAAACAAGAUCUCAAUGUAGAAAUACCUGAAACUCUGACUGAAAUGUACAUCUACUUCCUGCUCAUUCAAACAAAGAUGAGGAACCAGAAUUAUGAAGAGAAAUUACUGCAGUCCAACAGAGAUGUGAUUGUGAAACUUGCUGAACUGGCUUUCAAUCAUCUGAUGAAGGGCAAUGUGAUGUUUUAUGAGGAGGACCUGAGAGAGAGCGGCAUAGACGUCACUGACGCCUCAGUGUAUUCUGGGAUUUGCACUGAGAUCUUUAGAGAAGAAUCUGUGAUUUAUCACAGGAAGGUUUACAGCUUUGUUCAUCUGAGCUUUCAGCAGUUUUUUGCAGCACUGUAUGUGUUUUUCUGCUAUUUACACAAGAACAGUGAGGUUCUGAAGAUGUUCCUGACAGGAAAGAACAGAACUCAGUGUGAGAAAGUUUCUCUGGAUGUGUUUCUGAAGGAAGCAGUGAAUAAAGCAUUGAACCAUGAAAAUGGACACCUGGAUCUUUUCCUUCGAUUUCUUCAUGGCAUCUCACUGGAGUCCAAUCAGAGACUCUUACAGGAUGUGCUGAUACACACAGAUAACAACCCAGAGAGCAUCAAGAACAUAAUCCAAAACCUCAAACGAGGACAAAAAAACAAUGUCAGUCCAGAACGAUGGAUGAAUCUGACACACUGCCUUUUUGAAAUGAAGGAUAAUUCUGUUAAAGAAAUGAAGGCUCUUUUAAAAUCUAAAGCAAAAAAUAAAAGUCUUUCUCUUGCACAAUGUUCAACUUUGGCAAACAUGAUCCUGAUGUCAGAGGAGGUGCUGGAAGAGUUUGACAUUAAUAAGUACAACAUAAAAUCAAAAGAGGGCAGAAAGAGACUGGUACCUGCUGUGAGGAACUGCAGAAAAGCUGUAUUAACAUCCUGUAAUCUCACUGAUCAGCAUUAUGAAAUUGUGGGUUCAGCUCUACAAUCAUCAAACUCCCUUAAAGAGCUGGACCUGAGUAACAAUUAUCUGCAGGAUUCGGGAGUGAAGCUGCUCUGUGCUGGACUGAAGAAUGUAAACUGUCAACUCAACAUACUGAGAUUAUCUGGCUGUUCGGUGACAGAAGAAGGUUGUGCUGCUCUGGCAUCAGCUCUGAGUUCAAACCCCUCACAUCUAAGAGAGAUGGAUCUGAGUAACAAUGACCUGCAGGACUCAGGAGUGAAGCUGCUAUGUGCUGGACUGAAGAGUCCUAACUGUCAACUCAACAUACUUAGACUAUCUGGCUGCUUGGUGACAGAAGACGGAUGUGCUGCUCUGGCUUCAGCUCUGAGUUCAAACCCCUCACACCUGAGAGAGCUGGAUCUGAGCUACAAUCACCCAGGAGAAUCAGGAGUGAAGCUGCUCUCUGAAACACUCUGCCAUCUGGACAAACUGAAUGUGGAUCAUGGAGGAGAAUUCAGGAUCACAUCAGGACUCCACAAAUACGCCUGUGAUCUCACACUGGAUCCAAACACAGCAAAUGUUUUCCUCAUUCUGUCUGAGGAGAACAGAAAGGUGACAUAUGUGAAAGAGGAGCAGUCUUAUCCUGAUCAUCCGGACAGAUUUGAUGGGUAUAAUCCACAGGUUCUGUGUUCAGAGAGUCUGACUGGACGUUGUUACUGGGAGACUGAAUGGAGUGGAAAUUAUCCUGAAAUAGCAGUGGCAUAUAAAGAAAUCCAGAGGAAAGGAGUGAGCUGGAGUUAUGACUGUGUGUUGGGAUAUAAUGAAAACUCCUGGAGUCUGGUCUGCUCUGAUCACAUAUUCACUGUCCGUCACAAUAAUAAGGAAACUGUCAUCUCUGUUGAUCCAGACUCCUGUAACAGAGUAGCAGUGUAUCUGGAUGAAUCGGCCAGCUCUCUGUCCUUCUACAGCGUCUCUGACACACACACACUCACCCACUUACACACAUUUACACACACAUUCACUCAACCUCUCUAUGCUGGAUUUAGAGUUUAUUACAACAACUCUUCAGUGUCUCUGUGUCACACUAAACACACACACACACACUGACUGACACACACACACACAACUGACUGACACACAAACAGAGAGAGAGUCUGGUCACCUCUGCUUGUAGGGACUCUACUUUGAUUUUUAAGCUUUUGUAUCCAUGGGGACCUCUAUUUAGGUCCCCACCAUGACACAAGUCCCCAUGAGUCUGUGUGUUUUCAGGUUUAAGUCCACAGGAUAUAUAAACUUGGUGGCUGGACCAUGAGGGUAGUUGAACAAAUUCAGUGUUACAGGAUUAGUUUCAAACCAAACCACUCCAAUCUGGCUUUGUUGGUACCAUGAUGCUGAUCAACUCGGGCUUUGAUCCUGAGUUUGUGUAGGGCAUACACAUGAUUGUGUGACAUCCCUGCCAAAUAUCCAAUCAUGAGCCUUGGUUGAAGGUUAAGAUAUUGAAAUGUUUGAUGAAUUUAAAUGUAUUUACAAUUAAAAAAAUGCUUGUUCAUGAAAGAGGACAAAUAAAAUAAAUGAUAUUGUUCUAUCAGUGCAGUCACAAGUGGAACUUAAGUUAGUUUUAUAUAGUUGAAAAUGAACAGCAAUAGAGAAUCAAGCAUGUAAGGUCACAGUCAUUUUUAAAAAGCAUUAUCUAUUGAUUCUACAGGUUAUUUACAUUACAUAUAAUCUGUCUGUAUUAACAUCCAUUUAAAAUAAAUGAUUUAUAACAACUGUUGAACUAAAAUUGCU